CCGGCGGGGCGUCCGCGCAGGCGCGCGCGGCGCGGGCUGGGCUCGGCUCCGGCGGAGCGUCCAGGCAUCCGGGGCGCGCGCGGUCCGGGCUGGGUUCCCCGCGGCGGCACGGGCGGCACGGGCGCCGGCACCAUGUUCCUGCACUCCGUCAACCUCGGGAACUUGGCGUUUUACGCCUUCAUGGUCGGCAUGGCCACCCUGGGGCUGUGGGACGUCUUCUUCGGCUUCGAGGAGAACAAGUGCAGCAUGAGCUACAUGUUCGAGUACCCGGAGUUCCAGAAAAUAGAACUUCCAAAGAAACUGGCAAAACGCUACCCUUCGUAUGAAUUAUAUCUUUAUGGAGAAGGAUCCUACGCUGAAGAACACAAAAUCCUCCCUUUAACGGGAAUCCCCGUUCUCUUUCUUCCCGGGAAUGCUGGAAGUUAUAAGCAGGUGCGCUCCAUCGGCUCCAUUGCACUGAGGAAAGCAGAAGACAUCGACUUCAAGUACCACUUCGACUUCUUUAGUGUGAACUUCAAUGAAGAGCUGGUGGCGCUGUAUGGGGGAAGCCUGCAGAAGCAGACCAAGUUCGUGCAUGAGUGCAUUAAAGCAAUUCUCAAACUCUACAAGGGUCAAGAAUUUGCUCCAAAAAGUGUGGCAAUAAUUGGUCAUUCUAUGGGUGGCCUUGUUGCAAGGGCAUUGCUUACACUGAAAAAUUUUAAACAAGAUCUGCUGAAUCUUCUUAUUACACAAGCCACCCCUCAUGUGGCUCCUGUGAUGCCUUUAGACCGGUUCAUUACAGAUUUUUAUAUGACUGUAAACAACUAUUGGAUUCUAAAUGCUAGACACAUAAAUUUAACCACGCUUUCUGUAGCUGGAGGAUUCCGGGAUUACCAAGUUCGUUCCGGACUGACUUUUCUACCAAAACUAAGCCAUCAUACCAGUGCCUUAUCUGUUGUGAGCUCAGCCGUGCCUAAGACCUGGGUCUCCACAGAUCACCUCUCCAUUGUGUGGUGUAAACAGUUGCAGUUGGCUACAACUCGAGCAUUCUUUGAUCUGAUUGAUGCUGACACUAAACAAAUCACUCAAAACCCCAAGAAGAAAUUGUCGGUUUUGAAUCACCACUUUAUAAGACACCCAGCAAAACACUUCGAGGAAAAACCAGCAAUAAUUUCCGACUUAACAGUGACGCCGCUGUGGGUUCCAGUAAAAGUGUCAAAGUGGACCUACGUGGCUUACAAUGAAUCUGAUAAAAUAUAUUUUACAUUUCCUCUUGCAAAUCAUAGGAAAAUCUACACUCAUGCCUAUUGUCAGAGCACCAUGCUGGAUACAAAUAGUUGGAUUUUUGGCUGCAUAAACAGUACUUCUAUGUGCCAGCAAGGGGUUGACUUAUCAUGGAAAGCUGAACUGUUGCCAACAAUUAAGUCUCUGACGUUAAGACUUCAAGACUAUCCAUCUUUGUCACAUCUUGUUGUUUAUGUACCAUCUAUUCAUGGAAGUAAGUUUGUUGUAGAUUGUGAAUUCUUUAAAAGAGAGACAAGAUCCAUACAGCUUCCUGUAACUCAUCUUUUUUCCUUUGGAUUAUCUUCAAGGAAAGUGAAAUUAGACACAAGCGGCCUGUUCUAUAAUAUAGAGCUUCUGAACUUCGGACAGAUAUACCAAGCUUUUCAAGUCAACGUAGACAGCAAGUGCUCAGGAGUCAAAGAAGAAAUAACUAGUAUCUAUAAACUUCACAUUCCCUGGUCUUAUGAAGAUUCGCUAACCAUUGCACAGGUCCCAUCUUCAACAGAAAUUUCUCUGAAACUCCAUGUUGCCCAGCCAGACAAUGACAGCCACGUCGCGUUAUUAAAAAUGUACACGUCUUCCGACUGUCAGUAUGAGGUGACGAUUAAGACUUCCUUUCCGCAAAUACUUGGGCAGGUCGUUAGGUUUCACGGUGGAGCUCUUCCUGCUUACGUUGUCUCCAGCAUCCUUCUUGCUUAUGGGGGACAGUUAUACUCUCUCUUCUCAGCAGGUCAUUGCCUGGAGUAUGCUACGAUGUUGGAUAAAGAAGCCAAACCGUACAAAGUGGAUCCUUUUGUAAUUAUGAUUAAGUUUCUGUUGGGGUAUAAGUGGUUUAAGGAAAUAUGGGAUGUCUUACUCUUACCAGAGUUAGACGUCAUCGUCUUGACCAGUCAGAGCAUGUGUUUCCCCCUGGUCUCCUUGAUUCUCUUUCUGUUUGGAACGUGCACUGCCUACUGGGGUGGCCUGCUGUCGUCCACAGCCGUGAGGCUCCUGUCCUCACUGUGGCUCGCACUGAAGAGGCCCUCUGAGCUUCCUAAAGACAUCAAGGUGCUCUCACCAGACUUGCCCCUGUUGACGGUUGUUUUGAUCAUAAUUAGUUGGGCGACUUGUGGAGCAUUUGCCAUACUUCUUACUUAUCUUUACUAUGUGUUUAAGAUUGUUCAUCUACAAGCCAGUGUAACAAAUUUUAAAAAUAGCCAAACUGUGAAUCCGAAACACUCGCGGAGGAGUGACAAGAGGUGCAGUCAGCACAAGGACGCGGCGGCUCACCCGCCCCGCCUGUCGGCCAGCGAGGCCGAGGACAGCCUGCGCAUGCACAGCACCGUGGCCACCCUGCUGGCCUGGGUGGUGCUGCUCUGCGCGCCCUCGCUCAUCUACUGGUUCAAGAACCUGCGGUAUUACUUUAAACUUAAUCCUGAUCCAUGUAAACCUUUGGCAUUUAUCCUUAUUCCAACUAUGGCCAUUCUUGGAAAUACAUACAAUGUUUCAAUAAAAUCAAGUAAAUUGUUGAAGACUACUUCCCAGUUCCCACUUCCUCUGGCGAUCGGUGUGAUUGCUUUCGGGUCCACACACUUGUACAGGGUCCCCUGCUUUGUCUUCAUCCCUCUCGCCCUCCACGCCUUGUGCAACUUUAUGUGAGGCAGGACUUGGGGAGCGCUAAGUAUGACCUUUGCCUUUGGGCUCGGUGGCCAGAGGGACCGCACAGAUCCGUCAGCGUGGACAAGACCCUUUGGAGAAGACGCAUCUAUUUUUACAACGUUGAAAAUAGGAAAUUAGUUUUGUAAUGCUUGCAGGGCGUCGUGGAAGCAUGGUUUGUUUUGUGGUGUGGCGUCUGUGUCCUAGUCGUUGGUUUUUAAUUAGUAAAAGGACAAGGUGGACACGGUCUGUGGGGCCUGUCUGCCCAUCAGCUAGUCCGACUGGCCACACAGGUAGGGAUCGUCUCCUAAACACUCGGUAAAGGUGGUGCACUCGGCUCAUUUCAUCAAACUUUCUUCUGAGAAGUGGGAUACUUCGUAUUUGCUACAGUACUCUAUUGUGAAAUAAGUCUUUAAAAGUGGAUGAAAUUCACAGCUGUGUGGUUCCUCAAAAAUGAAGUGGCCACGAAGAGUCUUUGGUCAGCUUUCAGCAGCCACGGCGAGCAACACAGAUCUUUCCUUUUUUUCUUACAUCAGUGAAAAUAUACUUCUUUAUUCUAAGGAGGCAUGUUUUCUUAGAAACCAAUGCAACGCUGAUGGAUGGACACACAAUUCAAACGCAAAACGUAAUGAGAUUAUCUUGUGACUUUUCAAAAUGCAGAUCUUAGUUUUAUCCUUAGUGAACAUGAGGACAGGAUAGCAGGUCCGUUGUUCAAUUUAUACCAUUUUAUGUACCAGUUUAACCAUUGACCAUGGUUGCCCAAAGUGCCUCAGGUCAAGAAGGAGUGUUCAAAUAACUAAUUUUCAGUGGUCAGAAAAAAACUCUAGGCUUGCACAGUUUCUGACUACUGCUGGCGGGGGUGGGGGGUGGGGGGAGGUUCGCAUGAUCAAGUGCAGUACCACAUUUGAUGCAUAAAAUUAUAAUAAUGGAGUAACAGACACACUGUUAACCCCAUUAACAGCAUAUCUAUAAAUAAGUUGGAGGCUUUAGCCACUAGAUCUCACAGGUGGAAUGUUAAUUUGCCAAGGUGAUUACUAUUUGACAGAUGAGAGAAUAAUAUUUCUACUUCAGAUUUCAGCUCACUUUUAGCCAGAAGAGUAGGAAGGAGGAUAUGGAGCUGGGUGUCUUUGCCUUAAGAAAGCAUAAACUCAGGCGGAGGUAUGCCCGGCCAAUAGAGUCCUUCCUUUAGACGUAUCUGCUGUAAGUACCUACAACCUCUCAAGUCCUUACGUCUCAGUGAUUCCACUGCUGCACCCGUAAGCUGGCGUCCUCCUCAGAGCCCAGGAAUGCCCUGGAGUCCAGCUUACCUGCCAUUGCACCUGGAUCCCUUACACCUCUCAGCUGCUACUGCCUGUGGAGGGCUAUCCCCAUGUUCCUGCCUAUACAGGGUCCCCCACUUCUCUUCUCGGUGGUUCCUCAGGUCCUUGCUCUUUUGGCAUCAGUUAGCGAGGGUCUUGCUGUCUUUUCUGAGACUUAUAAGUUUGGUCGAUUCCAUUGUUGUCUUUCUCAACUUCAUGCCUAGUGUUCCACAGUCGUAUUUGCACUUACGAAUUCCAUGAAAGGGAAGUGUUAGCCUCAGAGUCGACAUGGCGGACGUGCCCGGCUCUUAUCUGAGAGAAGUAGCCAAAGGGAUAGAUACAGAGUGCAUGUGUGUUCAGCACCAGGAAGGAAAGAGUUUCGUAGAUUGUACACCUGUCCCAGGGCCUGCCAUGUGUAUAUAUUUAAAUAAGGACACAUCUGCCUAUGUUUAGCUAUACAUGUUCUCAUAAACAACUUUUAUACCCGUGGUAUCUUACUUUUUCACGGAUGUAAUUGUACUUCAGGUUACAGACUAGCUGUGCUAUUUAACUCUUUCUGGACUUGAAGUUGGGCUUAUAUAUACAGAAAGAACUUUAGAGAAUUCAUGAAUGUGAAUCCUCCGUUGACAGCCAUAGCCACUGGGUCUUUGUGAUCUGGAGUCUCCUUGUUUAAUCAGUACUGCUCAUGAAUAUAAUGUAGCAAGCUUAUAUUUCUUGUUUGUGAAUAGUACAUUAGCUUUUUAAAAAAAAUUAUUUUUAUUGAUUUCAGAGAGGAAGGGAGAGAGAGAUGGAAACAUCAAUAUUGAGAGAGAAUCAUUGAUUGGCUGCCUCCUACACACUCUCUACUGGGGAUUGAGCCCGCCACCCAGGCAAGUGCCCUGACCAGGAAUCAAACCCAGAACCUCACGGUCCAUGGGACAAUGGAUGCUCAAUCCACUGAGCACCACAGCCGGGCUACCUUAGCUUUUGAAAGAGGCAGCGUAGGUACAACUGAUGCUCAGUAAAGCAUUUUCAUGUGAGUGCAGUUAUCAAGUCCUAAAGUCUUAUUUAUUCCAACAAGAUAUUUCAUUUUAGAACAACAAAAAAGGAUUCUAAUUAAACAUUUUAGAAACAGCAGUUGGUCUUUAGCCAUGAUAUGCAUCAAUAUAUGCACUUUUUUAUUUUGUUUUUAACAUUUUGACAGGGUCUUCACCAAGUCUUAAUGCACUUUAAACCCCGAUGCCCACCAGGGGCGAGAAGGCAGCUCUGAGCUGCACAGCGCUGACGGUCUGUCACUGAGUGAAGGAAAGGGCUCCUGUGUUGGUUGCACAUCGUUUCUGUCAGGCUUGCAGCCCAUGCUCUUAGCUGGCCCAGCAGCACAGCUUCAUCAGUGAUGCUGCUAAAGAUGAGAUUGUCUGUUGGUAGUCAGGGACCAUCUACUGCAUCAGACUUCUGGGUUCUGGUGUUACAGCCUUUUUAUUGGGAGCUUGCUGAGUGUUGAGGAAGGUUUUGCUUAUAAAAAUCACCACUGGACCUGUUGUUGGUCACGGGGGCAGGAAAACCACUCCGCACUCUGUAUCUCUAAGCCUCCUCAGACGUGACUGCUCUUACGGUCUAGAGCUGAUAACACCAGAGAGAUCAUGAAAGCUCUUUUUCUCUGGGUCUUGUUCAUGCCAGAAAUUAAACAAGUUCUGCUAACUCUUUUUCAUCAGAAUAGAAAAUAUUUAAAAUAGUGGUCCUAGAAAAAAAUCAUUUGUGCCGAGUUAACAUCAUUUUUUUUUUUUUGUCUCUUCAGUAUUCAUCAAUCAUGUAUCAACCCAUCUGUUCCUAUUUUGGUGAGAUAAACUUAGAUAUGUAAUGGAAACCUUUUCUUGAUUGGACUACACCAUGAUGUCUACAUGACUCUACAGUGAGGGAAAAGCAAGGACGAUCGUAGGCCCAGAAAGUGUUGUUGGUUAUCAUAUCCCUCACACAGACAGUGCUCAGAAGAGGCAUAUUAUCUGGUUUGUUCAUUAUCUAGUUCUGUACUUAACUCUUCAGAGUUUCCACUGAUAGGGUAGUUUAUUUCUCCUCAUUGCUCAUUAGCACUUCUUACAGAAGAUGGUCAAGAGACAUAAAAGGAGAUAAAACUCAACUUGCAGUUUAGUUCCCGAACGCUCUGGGGAAAAUGGGGGGAACACAAAAAUUAUGAAACAAACUAAGGCUAUUGAUUCUUGAAUCCCCGAUAAUAUACUUGGCCUGUAUUUUCACCUUAGGCAUUAUUACAUCUAAAUUCGUGUAAUGUCUUGCUUUAUUGUGAGGUUGAGCGCAGAAACUUCAUAUCAGUGCAUUUGCAAUUUUGGUAAAUUAAAAUCAGUUGGGAACGUUUUUUAGCUGCGUCGGGACCUCCUGUGACUGGGCAUUGGUUGGCCACUCUUCCUUAUCCGUGCUGUAGAUUUGUGACCUUGUGUAUCGUAGGAAACAAGGUGCCUUGUGAAGCUUUGGCCGGGGGUCGGGGGGUCAGUUUGGAGAGCAUGGCACUCACUCCCCAGGGUACAGGAAGCUACAAAAAGCCUCUUCGAAUUAUGAAAAUAGACCCUGACCCCAAACUUUGGUGAAUAAAUGUAGAAGAUGAUUUUACAGAAUAUUAAGAUGAUUCGAGCUAAAUGUUAUCCCAGUCUCUCUUUUUUUCAAUUAAAAUCUUUAUUGUUCAGAUUAUUACAUUAGUUACUCUUUUUUCCCCACCAUAACUCCCCUCCACCCAGUUCCCACCCCACCCUCCGCCCUCACUCCCCAUCCACUGUCCUCAUCCAUAGGUGCACGAUUAUUGUCCAAUCUCUUCCCUCACCCCCACACCCCUUUCCUCCCCCCCAAAAUAAUCAGUCCAUUCCCUUUCUAUGUCCCUGAUUCUAUUACAAUCACCAGUUCAUACUGUUCAUCAGAUUAUUUAUUCACUUAAUUCUUAGAUUCACUUGUUGAUAGAUGCGUAUUUGUUGUUCAUAAUUUGUAUCUUUACCUUUUUCUUCUUCCUCCUCUUCUUAAAGGAUACCUUUCAGCAUUUCAUAUAAUACUGGUUUGGUGGUGAUGAACUCCUUUAGCUUUUUCUUAUCUGUGAAGCUCUUUAUCUGGCCAGUCUCUUUAAAUAAAGGACUCUCUGAUUCUUUAAUGAGCUCUUAAUUAUACAUAUCGCUCAUCAUUCUCCAGCAACCCGAGGCAAUAGAAAGUCAAUGAGCUGCUCACGUUCCUCCUUGUUAAUAAGGAAAGGACGGUAGGAGAGAGAAGCCAGGCCAGCACUCCGAGUAAGUUACUACAAAUGCCCCGAAUUCACUUACUGAGAGUAGAUUAUGAAUACAGAAGACUGAAUGUCGUAUAUUAGUAACUUAGUUCUAAGAACGGAAUAAAAUUUGGACAUAGAAUAGACUGCUAUUUCAUAGUAUAAAUACAGGCAAGGGCAAAAGUAGGCUUACAGUUGUUCGUAUGGAGAACAAUAAUAAAUAAUACUGUAAGAGUAAACUGUGCUUCACAUACUUACAACUGUAAAAACCCACUCUUGCCUACCCCUGUAUAAUACUACACCUGAAUUGGUAACGUGUUUCCAAUGUUAGGUGAUAGUCUAAGCUACAUCUUGACUACAUUGCCAAUGGCUGAAAAUUUUUAAAUCAAGUACAGUACUGACUAAAAGCAUUUGGUGUGCUAUGCUUCCAGAAAACGACUAUUUUGAAAUACCAGGUAAGCAGUUAAUUUCUGAUGACUUUGUAUAGAAGUUGAUAUAUAUGAGUCAGAAUUUUCCUGCACUGAUUCUGUACAUUGUAACUUUGAACACUUACAGAAAAACUGUUGUUGUAUUUUGAUUAGUUGAGUGUAAAUUUGUUUGCAUAUUUGAAUCCUAAUCUUAGUUUAGGAAGUCUAAAAGUAGCCUUUUUUGCAAAGUUCGUAUGCUGUUUGUUUUUUUAAAUGUUAUCUUGGUUUUUAGUAUUUGUAUAGUAAAUGUUACUAGUAAAAGAUUUAUAGACAGAGAAUUUAACUAUUAACUGUUCAGAAGCCUAAAUGACAGGCAUAUUUUAUAUUUCAUGUUUCACUGGUUUUGUUUCAUAUUGGGCUUUUUACAUCCCUUUUUUAAGAAAAAGACACAUUUGAAUUUUUUUUUAGCAUCAACCUCUUCAUUGGAAAAUAUAACUGUAUUCAUAUGGCUAGCAAAACACACUUUGCCACCAAAGCUAAAGGAAAAUGUAAGAUACCUCCAGAUAUUUGUGCCAAUGAACUACCUUAGCAUAUUGGGAUUAAAGCAAAAGUGAUCUUUUCUGUAUUUUUCAUUUAGGACUUAUGUUAAAUAUGCAAAUCCUCAAAACUUAUAUUCCAUGUGCGAAUUUGUUUUUGAAAAUACCUAAAGCAUAUAGCAUAGUUGUGUUCUGUUUCAUAUAAUUUCUGGAAUACUGCUCUCUGAUAUUGGGGGCGACAAUUAGUUUACCCAGGAAUGAUUUUUCAGUAAUGAGUUGACGUACUCGCUGGAAGUAGUCUUACUUUAGACUCAUUCUGUGAUGCAGAACUUCACAUUCUGUUGCCGAUCAUUUUUAGUACAGGUGCCUCUCACUUAUGUAAUGAAAGUUUGUAGAAUUUGUUUUCUUUGUAUUUCCAUUCAGUCCCUUUGUUACAGUCACGUAUUUCACAGGAGAAAAUUACCCACUUGACUCCAACAUAGUGCAACGAAAUGCAUAUUUCAAAAUGCAUAUCUUAAAGGAAAAUAUUAUUAAAAACCAAGCCGUUAAUGUUGACGUGUUAACAUUGAGCCAGUGUUGUACUCUUGCGAGAAAAGUAGAACUAUGACAGACUCAAAAGCUGUUAUGUUUACCUGGUUAAGAUUCUUUAACUUCUCCCCUAUAUGAAUUCUCCAAGGGAAUUUUAGCCCCUCAUAGGGCAGUGUUUUCUGUAGUUUAAUGUCACUGAUAAUGUUGAUGCCGUUCACGCAAGAAACCUCGGCAGUGAAGAGGCAGCGAGAAUUAAUCUAGUAACCUAGUGAGGACUUAGACCUCGUGUGGAUAUUAGUAAAGAGAGGACGUACAGGCCCUAAACAUCAAGUGAGCAUUGUUUUCUGGAAUGAGUUUGUCCCUUGUGUUGAAUAAUCCUAAUCUGAGUAGAGAUGCCUGUAUUUAACAUAACCAUGCUUUCCACAUACUCAGAGGUAUUUGUUGGGAUAUUGGUAGAAAUAACCCUCUCUUCCUCCACGGUGGAGGGGAAACUCCACUUUCUACUGUAUGUACAUUAGGAAAUUGUACUGUGUACUUACAUUUUUUUAAAAAUAUAAAAAUGACUUAACUGUAUUAUUUUAAAGUGAUUGUAUGAUGGUUUCUUAAACUUAGGAAUAACUAAAUGUAGCAACGUACCCAUGAGAAACCAAACCAAAAUGGAAUGCAUAUUAUCACUGUGACCUUGAACUUAUAGACGUUGGGGAUAAAACAGACUGUGCCUUAAAACGAUGAAGGGAUGCCCUGCAGUUUUGUAACUGUGUUUUUAUUAUCGGUGGUCUCCUCAGAUGGGCCCAGCUCCUCUCCUUUGAGGUUGGUGAAGUAAAAGUUUAAAAAGUAAAAGCUGCCCUUUGUAUUUCAGAAUAUUUCCCUCUGUAUUUCAGAACUAUUGCCCUAGAGGCCGCUCUUAAUUUCUAGAGUUCUCAUUUCAGGUUAAAAUUAGCUUACACUUUAGAGACAUAGAAAUCAAUGUUUGGUGAAAGUUUAUGAAAAUAAUUUCUUAGGAGAAGGUGGUGGUACUUAUGAACUUACUACAUGUGGAAAGCUUAAACUUAAAUGUAGUUUUUUUGUCUUUUUAAAUAAAUACUCUAUCAAGGACAGAUUCUUCCCUAAGACCUGUAUGUAUUUUUCCUCAGAUUACUGAGGUUUGUAUUUAUGUGUAAAAUAAAAUAAUUUUACCCAAUAAUGCUAUUUCAGUAAUUAAAAUAAUCUCAGAUUCAUGUAGUGUAUUUUUAAAUGUUAUUUUACCCUUUUCUGUUUUUUUUCCUUCCUGAUUAUUCUAGAGAACUGGUUCCAGUUUUGUUUUGGUUUUUUUUAAUGUAAAAACUGGCAUUUCUACAUUGCUUAUUUAAGAUAAUGGAUAUAAGUUAUUAAGACAAAUUCUUUCAUUCAUAGGACAUUCAGGGUCUUUGCUCAAAGAUGCCCACAUCUCUCCGAUUGUGGUGUAUAUUUUUCCAUUUUAAUUUUGAAUAUAAAGCAUUUUGUUCUUCCCAUUUUAUGCCCACUCCCUCCCCCCAAAGACAUAAACAUCGGUUUCUCUAAAAGUAUGUAGAAAGGAAACAUGUCUUUGCUUACAGCACGGUUCAGUUGAGUUGGACGCCGUUUGGGCAAAGGGUAUGUAACAAAGCUCAUGGCUGUCAGCCUGGGUCAGUUUUUGUAGCUAAGAGUUUGUAGAGGACAAACUGUGUCAUGCCAAGAGAGACUCAGUAAUCACUUGUUUGCAAAUUGAUCAUUUUGAUCUCAUCCAGAACAUGCAGUGCAUAGUAACAAUACUUCAGUUCAAAGGAAUUUGCCCUGUCAUUUGCGGGUCUUCUCAUCGAAACAUGCAUGAUCUUUCCCAGUGCUUUGUAUGAUGUCUGGUGUGAUAAAUAUACACGUGUGUACUUUUCUGUGUAUUUUUGGGAUGGUACAUAAUUAACAUGAUUACAUCGCCUGGUUAUCAUUCAUCAAAUGCAACUUCUUGUAUUCUGUGGAGUGUUGUGAAUGUUUUUAAUCUGUGUUUCCACAUUACGGUGUAGGGUUGGAUAGAUGAGUAUUUGUCUUAGGUCAGUCUCCACUCAGGUAUUACUUUGUAGUGAUUUUUGGUGCUUCUUUUCAAUCUGUCAUCAUCUGGUAUUCUGAAUGUGCAACAAUAAAUUUGGUGAACAAGGA